AUUUACUUCUCCGCUGCAAUCAAGUCAAACGUGGUAAAGUCUCUCAACAAGUCUGUCUUGGUGGGAGUGUCGAGAGAAAACAAAAGUUCAGUCAGAAGCUUCACUUUAGUUAAGCUGUUUCUGGGAGUCCUCAACAAACUGGGCUGAAAUGUGUCUGUUUUUAGUGCAUUUGAGGUUGUAAAUAUUUAAAUCAGGGCUUGGAGCGUCCAACUGCAGCAGGACCAUGAGGAACAUGAACAGGAUCACUGCGAUGGUUUAUUAUGGCUUGCUUUUGUGCGCGUCGGUUGUCUGCGGUGAUACCGAGGUCUCCUGUCAGUUCAACGAGACGUGUAUCCUGCCCUGCAGAUUCACAGCUCACAAUAACGUUGACGUCCACUGGAUUCAAAAGACGGAACCAGAGACCCGGGUUCACUCCUACUAUCACAACAAGGACCAAGCGGGAGAGCAGGACCAGAGGUUCAGAGGAAGAACAUCUCUGAGGAGGAAGAGGAAGAACGCUUCCCUGCUGCUGAGAGGAGUGACGGUCCAGGACCGGGGCAGAUAUCAGUGUUUUACCAGCACCGUCACUGGAAAGGAGGAAAGAUUCAUCCACCUGAAUGUGCACGCUCCAGUCCAGAGGGUCAACAUUGAAAAAACACAAAAUAAGAUAAUCUGCAGCUCAGAGGGGAUCUAUCCUGAACCUGGACUCACCUGGACCACCAGUCCUCCAUCCAGCAGGAACCUGCAGAAUCCACCAACAGUCCAUCAGACUGAACAGCAGCUUUACAGCAUCAGCAGCUCUCUGGUCCUUUCAGAUAAUGAUACGGACCUGGACUACAUCUGCACCGUCAGCACUGCAGCAAACAGCAGGAGAACCACGUUGCUUAAACCAGCUGCUCUAAAUGCAUCAGACACUGAAACUAUCAUCCCCUGCUCAACCGCCAAUUAUUCAAUCAUAUAUCUCACCUGGAGAUUCAACCACAGUCAGAUCAUCCUGACACAGAGCGGCGCUGAAGACGCCUACAAACCUUCAGAGAGAUGGAAGCAGCACGAGGUGUCCGUGUCAGAGACAGGAAGUCUCAUGCUGAAGGAUUUAUCUUCAGACCAGACAGGAACUUACACGUGUGAACUCACUGAUGAAGAGGAGACUUACGUGAAAUACACCUUUCUUCAUGUACCUAAAGUGGUUAUUAGGCAUCAGAGCUCUGGUAGAGUAACCACACGGGCCUGCACCAAUGGUGAUUGUCGUAUCCCAAAGUACAAGACCUCUUUUGACCGGACUGGAGUUAUUUUAGGAGCGGUGGGGGGUUUGCUGGUGGGUCUGCUGAUGGGUGUGAUGGUGAAGUAUUUGAUGUUAAAGGAUGUGAUGGUGGAGGAGAUGGGGAAGGGUGUGAAGCUGAAGGAUUUGGUGGUGGGGGCCCUGGUGGUGGCUGUGGUGGGGGCAGUGGUGGGGGGUCUGGUGAUGGCUGUGUUGUUGGCUGAUGGGGAGCUUAUGCUUUGA